GAGAGAGAGCGAGCGCAGCGUGCGUCGUCUUGCGGAGGGCGCGAGAGAGAGCACGUUGUUUGUCUCGCGCACACCGACUGCAGUUUCCCCGUCUAAUCGCUGGUUAACGGGAGCGGAGUCGCAGCAGCCAUGGGCAAGCUACAGGAAUUUGACAUUCUCUUCGCGAACAACAAAGUGGUUUAUAGUCCUGGCGACUCGAUAAGCGGGAAUCUGAAAAUAAGAACUGGAAACUCGCUGCAGUACAAAGCAAUUAAGGUGAACUGCCAUGGGUCGUGUGGGAUUUCCAACAAGCUGAACGAUACAUCGUGGACACUGUCCGAGCAGUACUUCAACAGUACCCUGUCUGUCGCCGACAAAGGAACGCUGACCGCAGGAGAGCACAGCUUCCCGUUCCAGUUUGCCAUCCCAGCUGCAGUACCGACUUCAUUUGAAGGCCCCUUCGGGAAGAUUGUUUACCGCAUAAAAGCUUUCAUCGAUACGCCUCGCUUUUCGAAGGACUACAAAGCCCAGAAGCCCUUCUACCUGCUCAAUCUGCUCAACCUCAACGAAGUCCCAGACAUUGAGCAACCCAACCAUGCGGUGACCACCAAGAAGUUCACCUACCUGCUGGUCAAGACCGGGACGGUGAUGCUGAGGGCCUGCAGCGACCUGAGGGGCUAUACCCCCGGUCAGGUGGUCCGACUGGCCACCGAGAUACACAACAAGUCUGGGAAGGACACGGGCUCUGUGUUGGCCAGCCUCAUACAGAAAGUGACCUAUCGGACGAAGCGGCCGCUGUACGACCUGCGGACCAUCGCGGAGGUGGAGGGGGCGGGGGUGAAGGCGGGGAAACACGCUGAGUGGCGGGAGCAGAUCAUCGUCCCGCCCCUCCCCCAGUCAGCGCUGGCCUGCUGCGGCCUCAUAGAGGUGGACUACUUCAUCCAGGUGUCGUUGCGGUCCCCCGAGGCGGUGGUCACGCUGCCCAUCUACAUCGGUAACAUCGCGGUGACCCUGUCGCCAUGCUCCCGCUCCCUGGCCUCGUCCUCCCAGUACCCCAGCACCCAGAGCCCCGACCGCAUCACCCCCAGCGCCCCGCCCGCCGAGCCCCACGACGGGGACGGGGGGGCCGCCGGGGGGGCGGGCCCCGGGGCCAGCGAGGAGAUCCCCACCAAGAGCCACUCCCAGCAGGACCCGUCGGGACAGGCCAGCGCCACCAUGUCCCCCAGCGCCUACGGCCACGCCCCCGGGCAGCGCGGGGGGGGCGGGGGGCUGGGGGGCCCGGGGGGGGAGUCCUCGGGCGCAGCCCCGCUGUUCUGUGUGUCCACGGGGGCCACCGUCCCCUUCUACUCUGAGGGCAGCGCGACGCCCAUGCCCACCUCCUGCUCCCUCAUCCUACCCCCGGAGUACAGCAGCUCUGACUACCCCCAUGAACCUCCUCCGAGCUACGAAGAGAGCUGCAGCAGCGCCCCCCCGAGGCCAGACAGAAUACAGUAGACCACGAAGCCCCUCCCACUCUCAGCCUUCAACCAAUCGUGGGGUUGAAACGGGAGAUGAUGGACGUGGAUGUGAAAACAUUUUGGAGAGAGGAGACUUUUCAUUUUUAACUGAUAUUUCACCGAAUACACACCAGAACUCUAACCGGUGUUAGAUUUGGUGGAAUUACACUGUGCCUCGAAUGAUCUAGAACAAUAGAAUAAUUAUGACGUGAUUUAAUUUUUGCUAUUUUGUCAUUUAUGAUGCCUUAAUUAUGUACAUUUGGUCUACUGGGAGGAUACAAAUGAGGCCAGACUUUUAUUCUAGAAGUUGUGCAUUUUUAAAUAUGAACCUUAUGUAUGUGUGUUUGUCAACCACAGUGAACGAGUAGGGCCUAAGCAGUAAUAACUGGUUUCUGUUUAUAUAUGGGUUCUGUUCUUCUAAAAUCUCAUUUUGCAUCCUGCUUUCUCAUUUGAUGAACAAUAUGCGGUCCUCUGCGUCUUCCUACUCCUGUAGCAAAAGGAGGGACCUCUCUUUAUGUACCAAUGGCUUAUUUAAAUGUAGCUUUUUAUUCACACACUUUAAACUUUUUAAAUUGCAAAGGUGCUGUAGAGGAGGUUGCAAAAAAUUGAAAACAAAAUUUUGGUGAUCUUAACUUGUCUUCGGGAGCUUCUUAAAUUAUUAUUCUGACGUGAGAUAUCAGUGAAUCUAACUUUCCACCGUUGCUAGCUACAGUAAGUAAAGACAUUGAUGCAGUUGUUGCUGGCAGAGGAGUGGUCUAUGUCUACCCCCUUGUGGCCACUGCUGGAACAGGUUGGAACUCGGAUAUUUAACUGGUGCGGAUGUGGAGACUAAAGGAACCAGCUGUUUGUAUUUGUAUCUGCUUUGUCUCGUCCUACAAACUAAGUCCAUUGUUGUGUAGAUAAGACAAGGGAUAUGCAUUAAGAUACUUAUGCAAUUUCUGCCCCUCUAUGAUUGUAUAUUUUUUAACUUUGGUUUUGUUGCCUUAUCCAAUUUGUUGUCAUUUUGAGGAAUGAAGAAAGGUUAAAUGUCCCUGCUUACUCUCUUUAUGUUGCUGUGUAAAUCAUUAUUGUGCACAUACCAGCACCUUGAAUAUUUGUGUCUGUGUGUGUUUGCAGUGUGUGUGCGCGCGUGUGUGUGUGUGUGUGUGUGUGUGUGUGUGUGUGUGUGUGUGUGUGUGUGUGGGAGCAUGCAUAUGAGCGUGUGUAUUUGCAGUGUAUGUGAGAAAGUGUAUCUCAUUUGUCGCCCAUUACUUUGAUCAGAUUCCUCAUCUUCCAGUCAUCUGAAUCAUGCCCAAAGUUAAAAUAGAUUUGUAAUUUGUAAUUUAUUUGUUCUUGUUUCCACAUUUCUGUUUUCUGUGUGCGCUAAGCAUCCAUGGAAGUGUGUUACCAUUUCCAUUGAUUUUAUCACAUGUCAACCAUACACUUGAAAUUAGUCCCUAGCUGUUAAUGGUGCAUAAUUUACCCUUACAGCAAAUUCAGAUCCAUUUCAUUCAGGUGCAGGUAGCUGCUGGCCAUGGUUCUCUAGGACUGGCUAAGAAUAGGGAGGCUGCAUACUUGGGAGUUUAAGCCCAGAACCCUUUAGGCUUAGAGUCCGGCAGCCCUUGACCCUCCUGACUGCUGCGGCCCUUUGUUAUGAACGAACCACAGCUACACCUUACUGUGAGAACCCUUGUCGCUUUCCACACGAGCUAUAAUGGCUGCUGUUGUGAAUGCAUGCCUUACAAAAAACAUCAGUUCGUAACACUGUGUCUUUAAACCUAUAGCUUUUGAUCCAGUUUUUUUUGUUCAAGUCUGUAUGAAAGCAGGACUGGCCCAUUUCACAGUAAAACACGAUAUCGGAAAGGGGUCGGCUAUCAUUUCAGCUGUUUUAACUUAUCAAUAUUACUCAAAAUGUACUGUUAUGCCCCUUCCCCCACUCAACAUGUCUAGUUGAAGCCAUUACCAAACUCACCCUCGCUGAUUUACAAUCACAUUCAUCAUUCAUCAUUUCAUGACCAUCAGCUGGGACUGAGAACAGUCGUAAUAUGGUGGUCGUUCUGGGCCGGACACUCUUUGAGAUGCCAGGGAUUGAACCCAGGACCUCAUGCACUCUACCACUGUAUUAGAUGCCCUUGAUUUGCUAAAGAGAAUAUGAGGAACAUUGUAAGCCUAUUCACACCCUCUUGGACUGUAUGACUGGACAUUUGAUGAUGCAACGUCGAGUUUAUUCCUCAGUCCCUUUCAGCCCGACUAGUUGACCUUUGACCUGCUGAACUGUAUUUGUUUUUUGAACUAUUAUGUGUUUAAAAAUACGCUUUGUAAAAUGUUGCAAAGAAAAAGGUGCAAUUCCAAAUCUCUUCAUGAUGGUGAAUAGUACAAAACGCACGUUCCUGAAAAUCACCUCGCUUCUGUUCCAAAACGAUUGCUCUCUUGUUUGUUUGCUCCUAAACAAGAAGACAUGAGCGAAUCUAAAAAUAAAUCACUGUUUAUUCUGUUGGUUAUCAUGAACGGUGUGUGUGCUUUUGUAUUUUUCUACUUCAAAGCGUUUACAGGUGCGUUGUACAGAAAUAGAGAUAGCAGCACCGUAGUAUGUUAAUAUGACCAUCAAUCAAUGUUGUACACUAUAACAAUAAAAUUAUCUGACAGUU